AUUUAAAGGGUUUACACGUGGUAUGACUGCUGUUUCGCUGAGAUGUGAGAUGUAGCGUUUUAUAACACGAAUACAAUAAAUCGUGUGUACCUCUUCAACGCAUCUAGCAAUAUGGCAACGGUAUAUCAAGAACGGACAGUCUUGGUGGAAAUCCCAGCACCUCAACCUGUAAUCCAGUACCAUACAAGAAGAUCUUAUUGGGAUGCCUUGAGUUACAGAGGGAAGCCGCCAGAUAGCCACAGAAUUAACAGGGCAGCAGCCAGUCUUAUUUUAGAUUCUCUACUAUUUAAAUCAACACGAUGCCACAAGGAUAAAGUAGGAUUGCAACUUCAGUUUGACUCUCUGGAUGUCCUCAACUCCAUGAUCUCCAUGAUGAGCACAGAGGAUCAAAGAAAACAUAUUCCAUUGUCUUACCUGAAGAUUAUAGAAGAGGAAAUGCAUUUCAAAAAGAUGAAUGUGUACCGAUCUAUUCCUUAUUCACGCCUAAAUUCAAACAGAGAUGCUUAUUGUUACAGGAAGGCUUGUCCUCAUCUUUUGGCAUUUAAGAAGACUUGCCUCAAAGCUGGAAAUCUGCUGAUUCGGUCACAGCAGUGGGAGGCAGUAUUGGAUUAUGUUUUGAUCGCCUGGAGAUACACUAGUGAGCUUCCACAGUGGGAUACAAGAAGUCAUAACCAAUAUAAAGAACAGUGCUUCAGAGCCUUAGCAUUCCACUGUAUAAAAGCUUUGCAGGAAUGUAGCAUUGAUCUAGAAAGGUGUGUCCAGCUGCAGACAAGAUUUAAAAUUGCAAGAGGCCACAGCAAGUUUAUCACACCAUGUAUUGAAGAGCUGGAAAAAAUAAUCAAGCAGCAUCAUAGUACCUCUACUGAAUCUGUACUGUAAUAUUGUCUUAUUAAAUGUUGAGACUUCUGUUUUAAUUGCCUUUAAAACAAGGUUUGCAUGUGUAUUAGCCUUCACCAGUUAUUCAGGAAAUAUAGAAAAACAGUUUUUUUAUGUUGUAGCAAAAGACACAAGUUUUUCUAAUGUUAGUAUACCAGUACUUUCUAAGAUCAUUUUUGAUAUUAACAUGGUCAUUUUUUAUAUACAGAAAUUAAUGUUUUGAAAAUGUUUACAUUCUUUGCACUAUUUUCAUUUGGAUCUAAUUAAGCAGAAUUAAAAUGGAAUACAAGAAAAGAGUCCAGUCAAUGAUCAAUAGUGUGUUUUGCACUUCCUAGUAUGCUUUGCUUGAGUUGACAUUAUAGACUGUUCAGAAUAUUUAAGAAAACUUUAAAAAUUUAAGUUCAUUGUAUGUGUUUGUGAAAAUUUUACAGAUCACAAUGUUGGCAGUACUAUGUUGCUUGACUAGGUAGUGUCAUUCCUCCUUAUGAUGCUGGUUCCAUCUUUAUGGAACAGUAAAGUUCCAGCAUAUGACCACUUUUGUUUACAUUGUUGUUGGAGGAUUGUCCUUGACACUAAAUGGGUUUUUGUGUGCCUUUUAAAGGCUCCUUGCACUCUGAAUAUUUAAAAAAGAAAAAAAGAUUAUUUAAAUAUAUGGGAAGAUUUAUGUCUUGUUCAAUCUCUGUUUUGAAACAUAUUUUCAAAUAAAAACAUUCUGCAAUA